UAAGCAAAAGCUAGGAGCAAAUGAGCAAACAUCUCAAGUAAAGGAAAACAGGAGAGCUUCAAGAACUGAGGACUCCUCAAUCUCUCUCAGAAUUCAUUGUAGUUGGCUAAUCCUUUAGUAAUGGUGGCAGUUCUUCCCUCUCCGCUGCUAACGUCCAACCAUCAUUUUCUUCUUCCAUCUCUACCUUUCUACAGAAAUCAAAGUGGGAUUUUUUCAAGGCAAAGGAAAUACAAGUUAGAUGGCAAAAUCAUGGCAUCUUCCAGUUGUUCUUCAAAUCCCACUUCGCAAAAUGGGAUUUUUUGCAGGAGGAACUUGAUGCUCAUUGGCUUUUCUACUUCACUUUCUCUUAUUCUUCCCUUUUCAACAGGCUGUGAUGCUGAGGAAGAGGUUAAAAUGGCUCAUCUAAUUGACGACAUAAAUGCUUAUUCUUAUUCGUAUCCUCUCGGACUUCCAUCCAAAAAGUUGGCCUUCAAAUGGGUGGAAUCCAGAAAACCAGAGCGUUAUUCAUCAGCUGCACCAUUGUCGCCUGAUGCACGACUCCGCAUUGUCUCUGAGAGGGUGGAUUUCAUUGAUAACCUUGUAAUUUCUGUCUCGAUAGGUCCUCCAAAUGCACAGAUUUUGAAGUCAAAUGAAACAAGCGCAUGGAGUGCCAAAGAUGUCGCUGAUUCCGUAUUAGCUGAUAAAUCAUCUUUGAGGGUCACUUCUACUCAGAGAUUGGCUGAAAGUUCUGUCCUUGACGCACAUUCAUCAGAGGUUGAUGGUGUACCAUAUUGGUAUUAUGAGUACAUUGUAAGGAAAUCGCCAACAAAAAUUGCACUAGAACCAAAUCUUUUCAGGCAUUAUGUCGCAUCAACUGCUGAACGAGAUGGCUAUUUAUAUUCUCUGAGUGCUUCAACACUCAGCAAGCAAUGGAAUGAUAUGGGACCCCUCUUGCAGAAAACUGUGGCAUCUUUCCGUCUUCUACCUCCUACAGAAAACUAUGUUCCUCCAUUCAAGGAUCCUUGGAGAUUUUGGUGACAAUUCAACUUAUUUAUUCACCCAUGCUAGAUAUUCCCUUUUUUUCUUUUUAUCAUUUUCAAUUUGUAUUUCGAGUGGACAGAAUCCAAGAUUAGGGAUUUUGAGAAAAUUGUAGGUUAGUACAAACUCUAGCAUUAGAGCCUGCUUUC